AUCAAGAAGUCGACAUGAACACACGUUUGCUGAUUGCACUAUUGCUGAUCACCGUUUGUAGGUCUGAUGAUCAGGAUCUAGUUCGGGAUCAGACCAAGCGAAUAAAGCCUGGACGAUAUCUACCCCAUCUGCAUGGGGCAACGGGCUGGUAUAUGCCGGAUAACAGUGGAAAGUACAGACACGAUCACAGGCCCUAUGACGGUGGCUACGGGGAUCGCGGUCAGCCGUAUGCCACCGAUCUUCGUGGAAUUUUCCGCAAUGUCCAGGAACAACUAGAGGCCAAGGUACAAGAAGCUGGCGAUAGCUUAUCGCUUGGUCCUCGGGAUCAUCUACGCUUCAUGAUCGACUUCAACUUCAAUGGCACUGGUUGGCAGACAAUACAGUUCCAAUGGGUCCGAGAUGGCGAUGAAUCCAAUCAAGAUACCAAGCAAUAUAGCUAUUUGAAUGAGAACAAAUUGUGGGAGUCGGAUCAGGCGUAUGAUUACCAACAGCCUGACGAUAGUCAGAUGGAUACUGCAGAAUACCAGGAAACGCAGGAACCUCAGGAGCCUGUUCAGGAGCCAGAAGAACAGCAGCCGAGUCAGGAACAGAGGCAGACAGGAACGAACAUUAAUUCCGAACAGGAUCCCGCCAAGAUACAUGACACUAUCAACGAUGUCCUGGAGUACAUACAACGCAAUAUCCUGCCUAAUUUGCGAUGAAAAUUCUAUCAAAAUUGACAAAAAAAAGGAAUUCUAAGUGCCUGAGAAAUGUAUUUGAAAAACUCUAAUAAAUUAUGAAAAAUAUAA